AUGGAGCCCCUGGACAGAGCUCAAGAAAUCCUCCUCUGUGACCUGUGUCUUACAGCCGCAUUACAGAGUCAUUGUGAACUUUGUCAGAUUAACCUCUGCAAAGCCUGUGUGGUGGAGCAUCUCUCUGAUUCAUCGGAAAGACACAAUGUUGUACCAUACAAACAUAAAACUUCUGCUCCUAACUACCAAAAAUGCCCGAACCACACUCAGAAACAUUGUGAACUUUACUGUGAAAAAUGUGACAUUCCUGUCUGUUCUACCUGCAUCUCUUCCGAUGAACAUCAUGGGCAUAAGUUAACAGAUAUCUUACAGAAUCCUAGAUUCAUUAAAGAAAUUUUAAUGAUGGAUUUUAAAGAACUAGAAAAUAGAAUAUAUCCUACCUAUGAAAAAAUUGAAGCAAAUUUAAACUCUGAAAAACUGAACAUGGUAAAACAUUAUAAAAAACUGACAACAGCUGUCACCAAAAAAGGAGAAGACUGGCAUAGAAAAAUUAACAGCAUUGUCAACAAACAGAAAUCUGAAAUUGAUGAAAUGAAAUCAAAACAUCUGGCUGUUUUAAAUAAGCAGGAAAAUGAAAUUAAACAGAUGUUAUCUGAUGUGAAACAAACUUUGUUUAAUCUGAAGAAAAUACUUGAUUCAAAUGAUGUCUCCGUAGCUUCUACCUACAAAUCCAGGAAUGCUGAAUUUAGAAAAUUACCUCCUAAAUUUAGUAUAUCAUUACCAAGUUUCUCUCCUCAUCAGAUCAACACAGACCAGCUCCGUCAAAUGUUUGGUUCUCUUUCGUCAUUUUUUGUAACAACAGAUGAACAUGGCUACACAAUGAAGACACCAGAAGCUGUAUCCUCUACUUCAAUCAAACCACUGCUUGAUAAACCAGAGAUUUUAACCAACAUAAACACUGGAUAUGAAUUCCUACGCAAAGUUACCUGUCUCAGUGAUGACGAAAUUUGGACACGCGGAGAAGACAGAAUCAUGAAACUUUACAACAUGCACGGUCAACUACUGGAUACAAUCCAAACCAAGUCAGAGAACCAUCCACGCGACAUAGCAGUGACAAGCAGUGGAGACCUAGUUUAUACUGACCCUGAUACAAGAACUGUAAACAUAGUGAAGAAUAAACAGAUACAGGAAGUGAUCAAUCUUCGGGGGUGGGAGCCUAACUAUAUCUCUGACCGGGAAGCCAGUGCUGUAGUGGUUGUUAACCAGACAGGAAAACUCCGAUUUAGAUACACAGGUCAUCCCUCUACUACCAAGGAAUCAUUUUAUCCAAUUGGCAUCACAACAGACAGCCAGAGUCACAUCCUGACAGCAGACUCUCUAAAUCAUUGUGUUCACAUCCUUGAUCAGGACGGACAAUUCCUCUGCUACAUUGAUAACUGUGAUCUACAGUAUCCAUGGGGCUUAUGUGUAGACACCAGAGACAACCUCCUUGUAGCUGAGUGUAACAGUGGUCAAGUGAAGAAAAUCAAAUAUAUGUAA